AUACCUCCCGGAGAGGGGAGGGUCAUCCAAAUCAGCCCGGUACAGGUAAACCUGAACUGGUCCAACCUGUUGUCUACCUUUUGUUUCUGUUCAAUAGAUCAGGUGUCUGAUGCGCAGGAUGCCCCGGGGGGACAGUUCGGGGGCCUUUAAGUACUCCAGGGUCGCGCAGAGCGGGUACAACUACGGCCUGAGAACCAUGGAGAACGUCCAACAAGAGUCGAUGUUGAGAAAAUCUCUGAAGAUCGCACUGGUGGUCUCGGCUUAUUGGGUCGUGUCCAUCACUAUGGUGUUUCUCAACAAGUACCUACUGAGUGGAGAAGAACUGAAGCUGGAGGCUCCACUGUUCAUCACGUUCUACCAGUGCCUGGUGUCGGUACUGUUGUGUCUGCUGCUCCGACUCCUCUCCAGGCUGGUGCCAGGUGUCAUCUCCUUCCCACCUGUGCACCUGGACAAGAAGAUAUCCCGGGAGGUAUUGCCCUUAUCCGUGGUGUUUGUUGGAAUGAUCACGUUUAACAACCUGUGUCUGAAGUACGUGGGCGUGGCCUUCUACACUGUGGGCAGAUCACUCACAACAGUAUUCAACGUGGUUCUGACCUACUUUGUUCUGAAGCAGACAACGUCACUCAAGGCCAUCAUCUGUUGUCUGGUCAUCAUCUCAGGAUUUGUACUGGGGGUGGACCAGGAGGGGGCAGCAGGUACCCUGUCCGUGAUUGGAGUGGUCUUCGGUGUGGGUGCCAGUCUGUUUGUCUGUCUGAACUCCAUCAUGACCAAGAAGGUCCUCCCAUGUGUGGACAGUAACGUGUGGCGCCUCACGUACUACAACAACAUCAACGCUGUCAUCCUCUUCAUCCCUCUCAUCCUAAUCUUCGGUGAAGCUUCCGUCCUCGCUAACUUUCCCCACCUCACGUCCUCCAAGUUCUGGUCCCUCAUGACUCUAUCCGGUGUGUUCGGCUUUGCUAUCGGUUACAUCACAGGACUCCAGAUUAAAGUCACCAGCCCUCUCACACAUAACAUAAGCGGGACCGCGAAAGCGUGCGCACAGACCGUUAUAGCCGUCGUGCACUCUCAUGACGUGAAAACCGUCCUGUGGUGGUUGAGUAACGCUCUGGUGAUGGGGGGUUCGGCGGCGUACACGAAAGUACGCCACUCGGAAAUGCAGAAGCAGCACCAAGAGUCUAAGAGGGCGUUAGCAGAGAUGAAAAUAGAGGACGACAGGAAAAAUGGAGAUCUUAAUAAGGUAGAUGACAAGACAGCCACCAUUGCUACACUAGGAUUACAGCCCCAAGAUUCACCUAAAGAAAAAAAAGGUUCACCAGAGGAAGAUCAGCAUGAUCAACAGUAAAUGAAGUGUGGUGUUAUGUUGGAUGUACAAGUUAAGUGAGUAUCUGUGACAUUCUGAGCACAGCAAACCACUCAAGAAUGUGCAUGCAUGUACAUAUAUCAUAAUCUGAGGCUUAUAAGAUGCAUAUAGGACACGAAACAUUUGUUCAACCUGUUCACUCAAUAACAACCAACUAACUCCUUUUUUAAUGAGAUUUUCAGUGGUUUUGGGAGAAAGCUUUGGAGCUAACAAAAACACUGCUAGAGAGUGAAAUGUACUCAGUGAUUUUGGUACCAGUAUUUAAUAACUUGUACAACUUCAUUCUGCUUUUGACUUGGACUCUCUGCAAUAGUUUCAAUAUAAGGCCACACCAAUUUAAUUUCUUGGUUAACAGAUUCGCCCGCUUCAUUUUUUUCUGAUUUGCAAAAAAAAAUCC